AAGACGGGGGCGGAAGUGGUCAUACACAUAUAACCACCAAACCGUGACUAUCUGUCGGAACAACAACUUGCACACACUUCGGAUCAGAAUCUCAGACAACGUCAACAUGUCAGGAUUAGUUAAAGCCAAGACCUAUGACUGGAAGGACUCCAACAUGGCCCUGUUCGGUUCCGACACCGACAAGCAAGUCAAAAAGGAGUCGGCAGAAACCGAACCUGCGUGGGAGGGCGCAGGACAGGCAGUUGGUCUCAAGGUGUGGAGAAUCAAGGCGUUCGAAGUAGAGUCUGUACCUGAAGAGGAGUACGGGGAAUUCUACAAAGGAGAUUCUUACAUCAUCCUCAACACUUACCAAAAACCCGAUUCCGAUGCUUUGUUGUACGAUGUCCAUUUCUGGAUCGGAGAGAGCAGCUCACAAGACGAGUACGGUACAGCGGCCUACAAAACAGUGGAACUGGAUACAUUACUUGACGACAAAGCCGUUCAGCACCGAGAAGUGCAGGGUUGUGAGUCCGAGACGUUCCUCUCAUACUUUGAUGACAAGUUUGAGAUGUUGAAUGGUGGACACGCUUCCGGCUUCAGGCAUGUAGAUCCCGUCGAGUACCAACCACGUCUACUCUGCAUCCAAUACACGAACGGCAAGGCCGUUGCUAAUGAGGUCCAAUUCUCGAAGUGCGCCAUUAACUCCGACGAUGUAUUCAUCUUUGAUAGUGGUACCCGCCUCGUUCAACUGAACGGUAGCAAAUCCGCCUAUCAGGAAAAAACAAAGGCUGCACAGCUGAUGAGUAAGUUUUCCUCAGAACGACCGGAAGCAGACAAACUGGUAGCUGACGAAGGCGAUUCUGACUAUAGGAAGUGUGUGGAUUCUCUUGGAGAUGAUGGUCCAGAAGAAAAAGUGUCCACAGACGAUGGAGAGGUGGAAGAGCCGGUUCUCUUGAAGGUCACAGAUGAAGACGGGUCAAUCGGAACAGAACCGGUGAAAACUGGAGGUAUCACGAUGGACGAUUUUUCUUCAGAUGCCGUCUUCUUGCUGCACGUAAAAAGAGACUGCUUUGUCUGGGUUGGAAAUGAUGCUUCAAUUGGCGAGAAGAGAAACGGAAUGGCCCAUGCUUCAAAAUAUUUGCAGUCGGUCGGCAAACCGUUUCACCGUAUCUCUGUUCGCAAAGAAAGUGACGAAAACAACGCAUCGAUAGAGGCAGCCUUGGCAGCCUAAAUCCACAAUGCUACCAGGAAUUGUGUUUGUACAAGAUCUGCUCCCACGUCACUGGAAUAACGUUCUCUCGAGGAUUUAUGGCCUAACGUGACAUGAGCUUUGUAUUGUGAACACUCAUAUAAAUAUGUAUGUAAAUAUUGGAUGAAGCUUACAUUAUAAUACCAUGCUACACAACGGUAAUACCUAAGCACCACCAGUAAGUACUAGUUAUGGGCAGUGAUAGUCCAGGAGGUAUACAAUGCCGGUGUGAUUAAGGUGAUAGCACGGCCGCUUUGGAAUUUCUGAUACAAAGCACAGUUUGUCAAAUUGCUUGUUUUAUAUCUAAUAUAGUUGAGCUUAUAUUGUCAAUAUCCUACUUACCAAUGCAACGUCCUUCUACACGCAAAGAACAAUAAUUGUAUCACUAACUAUGCAGAUUAGUUCGUUCAAAAGUAACAGACUGUUGUUUGAUAUAUAGCUUCGUCACAUUCAAGUAAAUUUGAUCUGAACGAAUUGGGAAAAUUUCUCCACAAAUUCUGUUCCCCGGACAAUCGAUUUUUCUUGCCAUAAUUCCUGAGAAUAUGCUAUUUUAUUUCUCCAAUUUAUUAUGUUAUUUAUGCAUAAACAAUUAAACCUGUUCAACACCAA